AUGACCAAUCAAAGCAGUCCAUCUGUGGUGGAAUUUGUGAUUGUUGGUUUUCCAGGAUUCAGGGACCUUGAGAGCAGGAAAACUCUCUUCAUCCUCUUCCUGACCGUUUACCUCGGCAUUUUGCUUGGAAACACUCUCCUUAUUGUAAUAUUCACAUUAGAUAAAUCACUGCACACCCCAAUGUACGUCCUAGUUUGUGGACUGGCCGUCUUAGACAUUGUCAUCACCACUAACACCAUUCCUAGCAUGCUGGUGCUGUUCAGUUUAGAAUCGAGAUCAGUUUCAUUUGCUGCCUGCUUCACGCAGACGACUUUCUACUUGAGUCUAUUCUGCACUGAAUCCUUCAUCCUCAGCCUGAUGGCGUAUGACAGAUACAUCGCGAUCUGCAACCCACUCCACUACCCCAACUUAAUGAACAAUGGCCGUGCUUUAAAACUAAUGGUGUGUUGCUUGAUGGCUGGGUUGCUUUGUGCAGCACCAAGUGUGGGUCUAGCUCUCAGGUUCCCCUUUUGUGGGCCCAAUAAAGUUACCCAGUGUUUCUGUGAUUUUUCCUCUGUUCUGAUGUUAGCCUGUGGAGACAUCAUGGUGACAAGUUACAUCGCUCUUUCCAUUGGAUUGAGUGUACUGCUAUUCCCGCUGAUAUAUAUCCUAUUUUCUUAUGUGCGUAUCAUAUCUUCUGUUCUCAAGAUUAGCAGCUCUGAGGGACGCCUGAAAGCAUUUUACACUUGUGGGACUCAUUUGCUGGUCAUUUCUGUCUUUUACUUUGUGGCUGCUAGUGUCUUCAUCUCCUACCGAAUUCCUGGCACUUCUGUGGAUAUGAGAAUCAUGGGUGCAAUCGUUCAGAAUGUGUUUCCUGCUCUUAUGAACCCAGUCAUUUACUGCCUAAGAACCAAAGAGAUCAGAAACAGCCUUGUGAAGACACUCAGAAAACGUAAAGUCUUGCCUCAAAAUAUGUAA